UCUGACUACAGUUCAUGAACACCCAUUAAAAAAUCAUCAUCAUCAGAGCUGUUGUUUUUUUUUUCGGCUCGAAAAUCAGAUGUAAAGAUCAUGAACAGGCAUUGGUUUGGUUGAAUGCGUCAGUCGAAACGUUUGCCAUGGGAAAAACUAAAAAAAGCAAAGAAAGGACCAAAAAAUUGGUUGAAAUUUCCGAUUCCGACUCAGAUGAAGACUCCGGGAGUGAUGAUCUUUUUGGUCACCAUGAACAUUUGAGACAGAUGAACCAAAUGUUCAGAGAUCCUUUUGCUGGAUUUGGUGGUGGCCUUAUGGCCAUUGAUGAUGGUUCCAGAUCAAACAGCAGACGACAGCAGCAGCAGGCUCAGAAUAUGCAGGUGGCACAACAAGGACUAUUUAUGGAUCCUUUUGCACAUUUUGGUUCGAUGUUCUCAAACAUGAGAUCUAUGAUGAGUGACAUGCACAGAGCCUUUGAGCAGACUGCUAAUGAUCCCAAUGCUCAUGUAUAUCAACAUUCCUCUGUGAUGACAUAUUCCAACACUGGAAGAGGUGCACCAAAAGUUUACCAAGCCUCGACUUCUACAAUGCAAGGUCCAGGAGGAGUUAAAGAGACAAGAAAAGCAGUAAGAGAUUCAGAAACUGGUUUAGAAAAGUGUGCAGUAGGCCACCAUAUAAAAGACAGAGCUCACAUCAUUGAGCGAAGUAGAAACACCAGGACAGGAGAGGAAGAUGAAAAUCAAGAGCUUAUUAAUUUGGAUGAAGAUGAAGCUCAGCCUUUUGAUCAAGAAUAUCAAGAUAAAUGGCGCAGCACUAUGAGGGGAAUAGAUCAGAGACGUAGAGUGGAAAGAUCUAGAUAUGCUCCAGUGGGUGACUCAACACACCGUUCUCGCCAUGCAGCGCUGCCUGAGCCACCAGAAUCUCGAAGAAACAGAAAAUCCAGUAAUCGCAAGGAUUAAAGAUUGUCAUUUGUAAUCCGUCCAUUAUGUAAUCUGCAAUACAUUUGCAUCUCCAGCACUGCUCAAUGUUAUUUUCACAAAACUACAUGGACAUAAACUUGAUGUUUUCAUUGUGAUGGACAGUUCUGUAGAACAAAAAAAAAGUUGAAGUUUUGGAUACCUAGGACAAUUUCUAAUUGUUGUAUAGUACUUUGAUUUUCGGUAUUUUUUUUUUUUUUAAUGUUCGAUUGUAUCAUAACACCAGUGCUUAAUUAAUUUAACUUAGUUUUUUUUUUUUUUUUUUCAUUUUACCUGUUACAAACAAAAAGGGAACAAAAAUCUAUAGGAUUUUUUCUCGUAAAUGUAAAGAAAAAUGUGUACAUUUGAUAUAUAUCUACAUUGUUUUUAUGAGUAGUUUGAGCUUCUAGUUUAGUUCUGUUAUUCCACUCAUUAUACUUUAUUCCAAUCACUUGAUCCCAGUGUACAGGUUAUUAUCAAUUCAAUUAAAGCACUUGAUUGAAUCAGACAGUUGCUUGUUCAUUUUUUUUUAUUUCUGUUGGGUAUUCUGUUAUGGUUGCUAAAGACAUGAUAGAUUUGUGAAACAAAAUAAUUUUUCUUGUUUUAACUUUGUUCUCAUUUUCUCUUGUUAUUGUUAUUUCGAGCAGUGUUAACAAGGGAAAGUGUAUCAUGACAGGUUGUCUGAAUUUUUUUGUUGUUGAUUAACGUUUGUGUUGGCAGUGUUGGAGUUUGUUACUUUAUUUUAGCAGUUUUUAUACACAAGUAAGUCCUCUUGAAUCAGACUUGCUGUCAAAGAGUGGACUUUUUUUUUAUAUAGUUUGAGCUCUGUUAAUGCUACUGUGUGGAGACACUUGGACUAAAGAAUGGAGAUGAACAUGUGCAUAAGUUAAUGUAUUCUCUGUACAGAAACCUAGCUGAGGCUAUCUUAGUAACUUGAAGUCUGAUUGGCAGCUUCUUAAAGACAAGGUCACAUUUGUUUUGAUAUAAAGUUUUGUAUAAUAUUUCUGUAAAGUUUAGUUACUUGAGGACAUUGAAUGAUCAGAGCCAUCAUCAAACACAACUGUACCCGGUAUAUAUUUUGUGUAUUGGAAGAUGCUUGGUACAUGUACUGAGUUACUGGGAGUGUCUGAACACUUUCAGAGUUUACAUUUUACAGAAUGAGUUAUUUCUGUAACCUCAUCUUACUGGUCCUAAUUUAAUGGAGCAGCUUUUUUUUUUUCUUCAGGAUUUUUAUAAAAUAUCCUGGAUUAAAUAAAAAUAUUUAUAUUUAAAAAAAAAGUACAAUGAUAUUCUUAAAGUCACGUGAGCAUUAUAGCUGAAAGAAAUAACUUUGACAAUAAUUCUUCGUGAUAGACUGACUCAUUUUGUAGAAUGUUCUUUCUGGAGUAAAGUGAAAUGUUUUGCUCAAAAGCAUUCCUUUAUUUUUUGUUUGUUAUUUUUAUUUUGUUCACACUUAUUAUAUAUACAGAUGUAUCUUUAUUUUAGUUGACAUGCCUAGUACAUGGUAUUGUAAAUUCAUCAAUUACAACAAUUGUACCACAUAGUUAGCUGAUUUUGAUCCCUGAGAAUUGAAUUGUGUAGAUGUUUGGUUUUCAUUGUGUUUGCGAGGUUGGCUCAUGUGCAUUGGGUUAUUAGCACUUAAAGUUCAUCUUUGGCCAAUUUUUCUUUAAUGUAUAAUAUUCAUUACAAAUAAAAUAUUGUGAAAGUA